GACACAAUGAGUUCUUUUGGAUCACCUGGUGGGGGGAAGAUGAACACGAGGCCCACGCCUCCGGAACGUGGAAGCUUCCCUCUUGAUCAUGAUGGGGAGUGCAAGGACGUUAUGAAGAAGUACCUGGGGUGUAUGAAGAGACUCAAGGGCAUGAACGACCCCGAAUGCCGAAAUCUGGCAAAGGCGUACCUUACGUGCCGCAUGGACAACAACCUGAUGGCGAGAGACGAAUUUAAGAAUCUGGGGUUCGCCGAUGAACCACCCAAAGACAAUAAGAAGGGGGAUGGGAAAGAGGAGAAGAAGGAGAUUCUGUGGUAGAUACGGCGCCGGAGUGGCGCAAUGUGGGGAGUGUGAGAUAUGUAUGAGAUAUAUGGAGAAGGUUGUGAGAUAUGUAUGAUAUUAGCAAGAAGGGCGUUGAAAAAGCAUAGCAAGGGGCGUUGGUUGGAACAACCAGGAAGCAUAGCUAGUUGCCGGAAGGUAUAUUGCGGAAUUAUAUAAUACCCAUUCCACUUUCA